GGCUGAAGCUCACGGCCAAGCAUGAUGUGGCGUCAAUCGUCGUCACCAUCACUACAGCGAAGGCCCCUGCGAUCCUUGUGAGAGAGCCCCUCAGCGUGUCCAUCAUGCGUACCAAAUAGCCGACCAGCGAACCGUGUCGCAUGUUACGUAGCCUCUUGACAACAACACAAGGAGCCCUACAAAACGAGGAGGCCAUCGUGAUUGUAUCCGCGACCACAUUCCCGGUGAAUUUAAGACGGCCUGGUACCUUUUGAGGACAUUCAUAGCCCCCCCCCAACAACACGAGCCAACUGCAGCUCCCCGCGACCCGCCAUGUCUGCGCCAACCGAUGCCAACAAACCUACGACGCCAGUUACGACAGCUCCAGGCCCCGAGUCACCAACCACGGCGAGGCCGCUCGAGAUGGACGACGACGACGUCCAAGAACCCGGAGUGCUCGAGACGUCAGGCGCUGGCGCCGCCUCGACGACCGCCGCUGCCCGCGCGGGAGAAGAUGCGCCCCCAGCCAAGCCGCCCCGGCCCAUGACCGAGCAGCAGAAGAACCAGAUGAUGCUCAAGGAGGCGUUCCCUACCUUGGAUGAGGCCGUCAUCAAGGCUGUACUCACUGCCAGCGGUGGCCGGAUUGACCCUGCCUUCAACGCGCUCCUCGAGAUGACCGACCCCGACGCCGCCAACCGCGAGGUCGAGGACGAGAGCCCCCCAACCCCGCCGCCGCGGCCGGUCGCCGCUCCGGGGGCGACGCCGCAGUCGCAGCUCGAGGCCGACGAACUGUACGCGCGCCAGCUGGCGCAGCAUUACGAGAAUGUCGGCGCGUACGAGGAGCGCACCAGCAGCCGCCCGCCCCGCCAACAGACGGGCCUGGACCCGAACCGGGCCCUCGGUGGCGCCGGCGGCACCCGGGGCCGGGGACAGCACCAGCAGGAGCCCGAGCGCAGCUUCGUCGACGACGACCUGCCUAUCAUCAAGGAGAACCUCCGCAAGGGCUUUGAGGAGACCCAGAAGACGGUCAACACAUGGUUCCAGACAAUGAAGAAGCGCUUCGACGAGGAGUUCGUCGACGACCAGCCCCAGCACCAGCAGGGCCGCCCCGGGCAGCAGGGCGGGCCCUCCAGGGGAGGCCGUGUUGGCGGCGACGCGGGGAGGCGCAGCGGCGACUACGAGCGAUACGACGCCGACCCCCAGGUCCUCAGCGACGACUUUGCCGGCAUGAAGUUCCACAAUGACGGCACACCCGUCAGCGCCCGCAACUCGCCAAACCCCAACAUCUUCCGCCCGCCACCGCCCUCCAAGUCUCCCAGGCCCGGCGAGGACCGCAAGGUCUCGUUCCGCGACGAGGCCGACGAGAUCGGCGACGUGUACAACGUCUCGCCCAACCCAACGGGCACCGCGGGCGGCGGCGGCGGCGGGGCGGCCGCCAAGUCGAGCAAGUGGCAGCCCCUGUCGACCGUCGACCCCAACCCCAUUGCCGAGAACGACCCGUUCAGCCUCGGGGACAGCGACGACGAGAAGGACGCCGCCGCCAACGCCAGCAAGGGCCCUGCCGCCGCCGCCGCCGCCGCCGCCGCCAAGCCCACCUCCCCUGCUGGCGAGAUAAAUAUGGAGGACGCCGAGAGGCUGCGCAAGGCCGCCGCCGAGGCCAUGAACGAGAGCCUCGUCGACGACAAGAAGGCGGGGGCCGAUGGCGCAAAGAAGACCUAGCUUUCUUAGAUUUCGCGCAGCCUGGUGGUGUGAGGUUGAUGAACGAACGAAUCGAGUACCCCUUGGCCUUGGCGGCAGAUCUAUACCAACCCGUGUCUUUUGUGAGCGAUUUGAGGGAUUCAGAUAUCGUAGUUUUAUUUUACUUUGCCAAUACGACGCCUAGUGUACGUUGUCAGCAACCAGAACUACGUUCGCUCCGCCCCCGAAGAUUUAGGAUGGACGAUGUGACG